CCCCAGAUCAAAGGCGCCGACAUAGAGUGAACCUACUGUAUCUACUUAUUCUGUGCUUCCAGCGCUGACAAUCAAUUUUAGAACACAGCCACUGUAUCAUCUGUAUCUUGUUGGAAAACAGCCUUUAUCUGUAGUCAUCUGUAAUCGAAGUUGAAUAGAGUUGUUUUGAAACAAAACAUUUUAUGAAAGUGAUGAAACUAAAAUAUUACACUAUUUUUUUUUAUGUAACUUAAAUUUAACAUGUGGUGUUUUAAAGGGCGAGAAGAUCUUUGUAUUUAUAUUUUACCAAAUCAAAAAAAGUCAUUUGGUACAAUACAAAGUGAUAUUAAAUUGGAAGGAGAUAUCACAGUUAGUAAACUUCACUCAAUAGUUUCCAUAGAAAUAACAGAAAAAUCAAAGAUAGAAUAUAAAUGUGUUAUCAGUGAUGUAUCUAAAUAUGGAACGUUUGUUACAAGGAAUAAGGAAAAGAAAAAAUUACCUCCUAAUGAUGAGUUUAUUUUGAAGAAUGGUGAUAUAGUACAAUUUGGUCUAAAGGAAUCUAUUUUUGUAGUAUUAUGUUAUUCAUUUGUGAUUGCAAAGUCCAAUUUAGAUGAAGAAGAAAUGAAGAAAUUAAAGCAUAUUGCAGAUUAUUUAAAAAUAAAAUUGUCUGAAACUUGGGAGAAUUUUUGUACACAUUUGACAGUGGCUGAGAGCACAUUAUUUACCACAAAAUUAGCUUGUGCAUUGGCCUCAGCCAAACCUAUAGUCACAAUUGCGUAUUGGGAAGCAGUAAAUACAGCUGUUAAGGAAUCCAAAGAAUUACCAAAAAUUGAAGAUUUUCUGCCAAGAGUAAAAGAAGAAUGGUUGAAAGUUUAUUCACGUUUGUUUUUGCCAAAUGAGAAACGUACAAAGCUGUUAAAAGGCUUGUUAUUUGUGCAUUUCUGUGCAAAGCAAUAUUUUGUAUACGCGCCAUUAAUUAUUGCUGCAGGUGGUAAAUCAUGUGUGUAUCCUACAAAAAGACCUUUAACUCCUCAAGAUCUUAUUGCAAAAAAUGCUAUUGUUAUACAACAGCCUAUCAAUGAUUCUUUACAACUUACACAAGAUGUUACAACUGAUUAUUCGAUCAUUUGUGAUAAGCUGAAAGCUGUCAAACGUAGAAUGAUUUCUGACACUGAAAUUCCACUUGCGGUUUUAUAUUGUACUAUGGAAAUAUAUUGCAAUCCAAAAUUUGACUUCAUCUCAUUCUUAAAAUUAAAGGUUCAAACAUUUUCUCCCUCUGAUAUCAUAAUAAGUGAAAAUACACAAGAUGUUAACAUUAAUAAAAAACAAAUUAAAAAACAAAUAAUUCCUGAUACUUGUGAGAUUCAAAAUGAGAAUUUUUCGAAAAAAAUUCACAGUUUUGUUGAGAAUUACAAAAGAUAUAUCUUUGACGUCAAUAAGAACAAUGUGACACAGAAUAUUGAUAAUGAAGAAAUCAGACACAAAAUAAUUUCUUAUGAUUUCGAAAUCGAAAGGAAUAUUUUGAAAAGUGCCUAUAUUUUUAAUGAAGACGAACAAAAGUAUAUGUUUAAUUCAAGUAAAAAGAAUAUUGAAAUGAAGAAUAUGCAAAAUAAUAGAGAAAUCAAAUACAAAAUAAGUACCAUAGUUUGCAAUUCAAAGAAUAAUGAGAAUAUUUUUAAAAAAAGCCCAUUUUUUGGAGAUAAUUGGUGUGAAAGAUAUUUGGAUCAAACAUUUACGAAUGAGAUAUUACGAAAAGAUAUAACCUGCGGAAAAAAAUUUAAAAAGAUACCCGUUAUAAAACCGGAAAGAGUAUUAAGAGUGGACGACUUCGCUUUAUGAUUUGCAACUAUACAACUAUACAACUUUAUUAAAAAGAAAAAUAUAACAUAAAAGUACUUAAAACAGGAAAUUCAUGAUUUAGAUUUUGAAUAAAAGUAAAAUAAUUUA